AUGUCAAAAGUAAUCCUUGAAAAAACCUUGCAAGCAGCAGUCCAAUGCCCAGCUCUUCUUAAUGAAAUAUCUAUUUCAUCAUGUCAAGAAACUCAUGUGCUGUCAAUAUUCCAAAUCUUAGCAGCCCAUAAAAUUCCUCCUCCGGUAAUUUACUAUAAUUUGUCCUAUUCUUUGCUAGGAGCAUCUCAAAAGUUUUCAAUUUAUCGCGAAAUCCUAAAAAAAGUUGACACAAGCUCGACAUCAUCUAUGAUAAAAAGUUUGAUUACAAAUUAUUACAAAUAUAAGCCAAGUUCAAUGCCGAAAUUGCAUUUUUCAAUUGACCAGCAGGUGAAGCUUAUAAAAUCGCUUUCUAUUUUAAGUCUAGAGCCUAGCUAUUCCUCUACAGCAAACAAUUUGCUUUUUUAUUUUUCAGAUCUGAUAAUAAGAAGCCCUAAUUUUGUGACACCAAAUCAAAGCAUAGAGAUUCUAAAUUCCAUUAUGCAGCUUAAAACCACAGAUCAGAGCCUUUAUUGCCUUACAAAUAUGUGCAAAGUUAAUCUAAUUAACAACAUCACAUCAGUUUCAGAAGAUCUUGGAUUUUAUAAAGAAGUAGAUCUUGGACCUCACACUGAAAGAGAUUUUUUAUAUAGUCUUAUUAUUGCAAAAAAUUUAAGUAAUAUACUAUUUAAAAUAAAUGUAAAUAAAUUUUCACUGUUAUCAAUAUAAAAUAUUAUAAAUCUAUAUGAUGGAUAACCCAAUACAAAGAAUAAUUUAAAAUAA